GAGAUUUUCAUCUUCUUUUUCACUAAGUUUUUGAACAAAUAUGGCUUCCUUCUUUUCACUUUCUUUUAUAUUAAUUUUCUCUUUAUACAAUUAUAGCUUUGCUUAUGCUAAUACUGUUCCAUAUCUUGAUGAUCUACUAGAAAAUGGAAACUUUGAACAAGGGCCAAAACCAUCAAACAUGAAUAAAACAGUUAUCAUAGGCAAACACUCCUUGCCCAAAUGGGAAAUCAAUAACAUAGUGGAGUGGGUGUCCGGUGGGCCCCAAGAAGGCGGAUUCUACUUCCCGAUCCCUCGUGGGGCCCACGCAGUCCGACUUGGGAACGAGGCUUCCAUCUCUCAAUAUGUGAAGGUGAAACCAAACACAACAUAUUCACUCACAUUUGGAGCCACCAGGACUUGUGCUCAAGAUGAGGUCCUUACCGUCUCCGCGGGAGGCAUGUCUAGUGAUCUUAACAUUCAAACAUUGUACAGUGCUGAUGGUGGUGACACUUAUGCUUGGGCUUUCAAAUCAACAUCUGAUCUUGUUAAGGUCAUAUUUCACAAUCCUGGAACUCAAGAAGAUCCAACAUGUGGACCACUUAUAGAUCAUGUUGCAAUCAAGGAAAUGCUUAUGGCAACAUAUACUAAAGGUAACUUAGUGAAAAAUGGUGGAUUUGAACUAGGUCCUCAUGUAUUCAAGAACUUUUCGACAGGGGUACUCGUCCUGCCUUUGAAACAGGACAAGUACUCACCAAUUCCAGGAUGGAUGGUUCAGUUUGCAAAACCAUCAAAAUACAUAGACUCGAAGCAUUUCUUCGUGCCUUCAGGAAAUGCAGCUGUUGAAUUAAUAGGAGGAAGGGAAACAGGCAUUGCACAGACGGUACGUACAAUCCCAGAACAGUUCUACAACCUGACUUUCACCAUAGGCGAUGCACAGAACAAUUGCCACGGAACAAUGACAGUUCAAGCAUUUGCUGGUAAGGCUAGUACACAAGUUACCUUCGUAUCGAAUGGAAAAGGAUGGUCCAAGACUGCAACCUUCAAGUUCCAGGCUGAUUCAAUUAGAACAACAAUAGCUUUCUACAAUCCAUACUAUCACACGAAGAUACACGAUUUUGGACACAUGUGUGGACCUGUCAUCGAUGAUGUUAGUCUCGUUCAUCUCCGUAAAUAAACAGAAUGAAGUGAUCAUACUCAGGACAGGUCAAUAUCAAGACAAGUUUAAACAUGAAUAGAUUUUUCUCUCCAAAUACGAAUGAUAUAUUCAAUAAAAGUGUAAAAUCACUCUCUUGUUUCCUUGUAGAAAUGUAUUUUCUUGAUUCCAAACUCAACGAUAGCAUCAACUUUCUUGAUCAUUCAGCAAGU